GUAUAAAGGUUUAAGAAUGGCGGUGUCUUUUCCAAGUCGAGUUGUCGAUAGUGAACCCUUGUAGAGACAACAAGGGAGAGAGAUGCGGCUGCCGUUAGCGAACCUGUUGGUGGUGAUCGGGUGCGUGGGCUUCACCUGGGCCCAGAAUGGCUACGGCUACCUCCCCCCCGAAAUCCCCUUCACACAGGGCCCCGGAAACAACAUAAAUGUCUUUGUCUCCA